AUGACUCGUCAUCAAAUCCGCCGUGUUGCCGUGAUAGGCGCAGGAAUCAGCGGGGUCGUUACGGCCGCACAUCUACUCUCAGCAGGAUUAGAGGUCACUGUGUUCGAGAGGAACCAGGCUGCCGGUGGGGUUUGGCUAUACGAUAAACGCAAGCCGCAUGACCCUCACUAUCCUGCCGUCAAGCCAUCAAAGGGCGAAGAAACAGUACAUGGGACCGACGAGGCCGCGGUCUUGCUUGAACACGCGCCGCCGGGUCCGUGCUAUGAGGGUCUCAAGAAUAACGUUCCAACCCCGUUGCUGCGCCUCACGUUUAACGCGUGGGCCCCAGGCACUCCUGACUUUGUCAGCCACCAGGUCAUAAAAGAAUACAUCCAGGACACCGCGGAAACGGGUGGCUCGGAGGAAGUCACCAUCUACGGGGCGAAGGUGACCCACGUUUGCAAAGUCGGGCCUGUCUGGCGUGUCUCUUGGGUUACCCGACGUGGUGCGGCACGGGACGCGGGGAGCGCGCGAGAGAAGACAGCUUAUUUCGACGCGGUGAUAGUAGCUUCGGGCCAUUACCAUGCUCCCCGCGUGCCUGAUACACCUGGGCUAGCUACCGCCAAAGCGAACCAUCCAUCUCGAAUCUCUCACUCAAAGGAAUACAGGUCUCCACGAGAUUACAAAAACAUGACCGUUCUUCUAGUAGGCGGAGGUGUCUCGUCUGUUGAUAUAGCCCGCGAGCUCGGCCCCGUAGCGAAGAAAGUCUACCAAAGCACCCGCAACGGGAAAUUCGACCCUCCAUCUAGCCUACUACCCAAAAACGCAGUCAGGGUCAGCGAGAUAGUCGGGCUUGAGGGUAGCUCGGACAAAGAACUUUCUCCUCUAACAGCACAUUUGCAAACAGGACAGAUAUUGCGCGACAUAGACGCUAUAAUAUUCUGCACAGGGUACCACAUGACCGUGCCAUUUUUUCCUGAAUACCACAAUGAUAAUAUAUCGGCAGACCAGGCAGACGAGAAGGUUCUGGUCACAGACGGGAAUCAGGUUCAUAACCUGCACAAAGACAUUUUCUACAUCCAGGACCCCACGCUAGCUUUUGUUGGGGUUCCUUAUUACACUGCAACGUUCACCUUGUUUGAGUUUCAAGCCAUGGCAGUUGCAGCUGUGUUUUCUGGUAUUGCGAGUCUUCCAACUACAAAGAAUAUGCGUACGGAAUACCUAGCAAAGUUGAAACGGCUGGGCGCUGGGAAGCAAUUCCACUCGCUGAAAGAUGUGGAGGACAUUUACGUCAGAGAACUUGUGGAGUGGGUGAACAACGGUCGAUCUGCUUUCCAUCUUCCUCCGAUUGAAGGGCAUACAAAGCAGUGGUUUCAAGCGAGGAAAGCAUAUAAGGAACAUCGUGCUAUUGAGCCGUCCCCGAGGGCUAUCCGGGAAGCGCCAAAGCGGAGAUGGGUGAGCUAUAUUUGGGAUACUUUUGAUAAAUCACCAGAAGAGCGUCGACUACUAUUCAAGUUGGACACAGCGAUUCUAACAUUUGCAUCACUGGGUAGCUACUCUAUCUUCGUUCCUGUUACCCACUCUCUAAUGCCAAAUAGGAAAGAAGAUCUAGGACUAUACGGAAACGAGCUGAACUACAUGCAAGCAUGUUGGACUGUGGGAUAUGUCAUUGGAGAAAUUCCCAGCAAUUUGCUUCUGACGCGGAUUCGACCACGGUAUUGGAUUCCUGCUAUGGAGUUAUUGUGGACGGUCCUUACGUUCUCGCUCUCGCGAUGUAACACCGCUACACAAUUUUAUGUUCUGCGGUUCUUCGUCGGUCUCGCUGAAAGCACAUUCUACCCCGGAAUGCAAUAUAUCAUCGGCUCCUGGUAUCGUAAAGACGAACUCGCAAAACGCUCGUGUAUAUUCCAUACUAGUAGUGGCAUUGCGGCCAUGUUUUCAGGAUACCUCAUGGCUGCUGUGUAUAACCUAGAAGGACGCGGUGGGUUCCGAGGCUGGCAGCUCUUCGUGGUCGAUGGCAUCAUCUCUUUGCCAAUCGCACUAAGUGGAUUUUUUAUCCUCCCAGACGUGCCGGAGAUUUCGAGCCCGUGGUAUCUCAGCGAACGGGAAGUUGAGCUUGCCCAGAAACGAAUGGAGCUUGAAGGUCGGAAAAAUCGGCAACCUUUUACAAAGAAAAAGUUCAAGAAGAUAUUUUCCUCGUGGCAUAUCUAUCUUUUGACGAUAGCGUACAUAGCAUUCAACAAUGCGGGCACAGGCAGCCAGCCAGUUUUUCAGCAAUAUCUCAAAUCGUCCAAGGACCCAAAAUACACCGUGGCCCAAAUAAACGCCUAUCCAACGACUACGAACGCUGUCCAGGUCGUCACAACGCUCAUAUAUGCUUGGACUUCUGACUCUAUUCUCAACGGAAAACGCUGGCCUCCUAUCAUAUUCGGCGCAAGUAUAAACGUAAUUUGCUACGUGUCUCUUGCAGUGUGGGAUAUCCCCGAAAGUUGGCGGUGGGCCUGCUAUAUCCUCUGCGGCGCAGGGUCUGGUAUCAGCGGGCUGCUCAUGGCAUGGGCUCAGGAAAUAUGCUCCGAAGACAAUGAGGAACGCGCUCUCGUCAUUGGCUCCAUGAAUGAAAUGGCCUACGUGUUCCAAGCCUGGCUACCCCAGGUGGUGUGGCAACAGGUAGACGCACCGCAGUAUCAGAAGGGGUUUAUUACGGUCACUAUACUGUCUAUUAUCUUGAUUGUCACUACUUGCGGGAUCUUUUCCAUACAGAACUCCGAGGCUAAGAGUCAUAGGUAA